AUGAGACCUAGAGCUUGGUCAGCCCCCCAUCAUAGAUCGCCACUCAUCCGUCUAUUCGCUGCGAGCUCUCCCCGGCAUCUGUCUCCGUCGAUGCUUAUCCGGUGCCUGGCUGGUUGUGACCCCCGUCCACAGUAUCCACAGGGAGGAGUCCAUGUUCUGACCACCCCCCCGACAGCGAGUGGGGAGGGGUGUCCUUUGGCCGCGCAAUCAGACGAGGCUCAACCUGUCAGCCGGGUAGGGACAGCGUACACGAUGAACCGGAAACUGUGGGGAAUACAGGAGGACAUCACAGCAGUAAAACCCAGGAACGUGGAACAGGAAGGACUAAUUCGACCGUCGAGCGUGUACCCUGUAACGGGUAUAUAUGGCUGGUACCAGCAAGUGUCGUGGCUCCGUCCCGUCCUCGGCCGGGGCGGGAUAGCCCACGCUCCCACUAGUUACCCCAGCCCCCGGGACCCUCGGCAGGACUCCCUUCAGACCUCUCCUUUUGCUUUAUUUAUUACUCUUCCCUCGUUCACCUAUCGCGUUCUGCUCCCCUUUGUUUUUUUACCGGGAUCCCACAACCCUGCCCACCCCCCGACCUCUCCCCAUCCACCUCCGUCCCCGCUCUUUCCAACUCUCCUUCCUCGUACUACCUGCUCUCACCCUUCUUUCCUGGCUAAUCAUCCCUUUCUCACAACUAUAUUACUGCACUCCUCCCCCUUCGGGCACGGCUCCCGUCCGCUAUCUCCGUCACUCCAGUGUCCCCCCUUUCCUUUUCCUUCUCCCUCCCCCCCCUCGCCUCCCCCACACCUCCCCAGCCUCUUAUCCCUCUCCCCCCCUUUUCCCUCCACUGUGCAACCCCCUUAUCUACCGUCGCUCUCCCUCCCCUACUCCACGGAGAGCGCGCCCAUCCCCCGUCCUACCGGCGCGUACCGGACGCCCCCCCCACCCGGUGGGGCGUUUCCUCGCAGAACUCCACUCCCACUAACUGUGUACUUCCCCGCACCACUCCCAUCCCUAAGUUCCUCCAUCCCCUAUUCGCCCUACCGGCUUCUCUCCCCCAGACUCAUCCUCCGCCCACCCCUACGUUCCUUCUCUGCGCUCUCCAUCCCGCGCUAUCCCGGCCCUCAUCUCCGGCUCCGAGCACUUUCUUCUCUUAUCUCUGUUUGGCUCACGCUCCCCUCUCUUCUCUCCUUCUCCGAAGGCGUUAUUUUUCUUCUUCUAUCUACGCCCCCCUCCCUCUCAUCUUUAUGCCCCCUGGAGCACACCUCUUUUCGCUCCUUUUUUGCCUCUUCUGCUACACUCUCUUCUCCUGUUGUGGUUCCCUCUUGGGAACGACGCCGUUCCGACCCUCCCCUGUCCUGCUUCCCUCAAUGUACCCGGCGCUCGUCCCUGCCGCACGCUGAUCCCCCACGCACCCUCUCUGUGCACACCUCUCCGGAGUGGUCCACCACCCUCUCAAUCACGCGCUCGGUCAUCCUUCCCUCACAAUAG